AUGAGGCAGAUCCUGACCCGGGUCAGGCCCCGCCCCCGAUUUUGCCAGGACUGCGCGCCCCGCCCCUCCCCAGAGUGCCGCAGGCGGCAGCGAGCUGCGGACUACAUUUCCCACAAUGCACCCCGGGGCGGGCAGGGCUGGGCUGAGCGGCUGGAGCCGGGCCUCCGCCACGAGAGGCCGGCGAGGGCUGUCUUCCUGGGCGGGCGGCUGGGCGAGGGGCGGUGGGGGGGCGGUGGCCAGCACAGUGGAUAUGUCUGCGUCCGCAGGGGGCCGUGGCCCCGCGAACCUGCGCCCUCAGUCCAGGUCCGGCCGGGCACCCGCGCUCUCCCGGGGGUCCGGCAGAGUGCAGUGACCGGCAAUCUCUGUGCGUCCAGGGCCCCCAAGAGAAACAGGCAAGCCGGAGGGAUGGCAGCUGACAUGCAGAGGAAGAGAAGCAGCGAAUGCCCUGAUGGCACCUUGGCUCCUUCUGAUGGGCAGAGUAUGGAGAGAGCUGAGAGCCCCACACCAGGACUGGCUCAGGGAAUGGAGCCAGGUGCCGGGCAGGAGGGUGCCAUGUUCGUCCAUGCCCGUUCCUACGAGGACCUGACGGAAUCAGAAGAUGGGGCAGCUUCUGGGGACAGCCCUAAUGAGGGUGCUGGGGGUCCCCCACCGCUGCCUGCAGACAUGCGCCAGAUCAGCCAGGACUUCAGUGAGCUGAGCACCCAGCUGACGGGUGUGGCCCGGGACCUGCAGGAGGAGAUGCUUCCAGGAAGCUCUGAGGACUGGCCAGAGUCUUCAGGGGCAGCUGGGCGGCCAGCCACAGAACCCCCCAGGGAGGGCGCAGGCGAGGGGGAUGAGGAGGAGGCUGCCGAGGCCUGGCGAAUGCACCAGAAGCACGUCUUUGUGCUGAGCGAGGCGGGGAAGCCUGUGUACUCCCGCUAUGGGUCAGAGGAGGCACUUUCCAGCACCAUGGGUGUCAUGGUGGCCCUGGUGUCCUUCCUGGAGGCAGACAAGAAUGCCAUUCGUUCUAUCCACGCAGAUGGCUACAAGGUAGUGUUCGUGCGCCGGAGCCCACUGGUGCUGGUGGCAGUGGCGCGCACGCGGCAGUCGGCGCAGGAGCUGGCGCAGGAGCUGCUCUACAUCUACUACCAGAUCCUGAGCCUUCUUACGGGCGCGCAGCUGAGCCACAUCUUCCAGCAGAAGCAGAACUACGACCUGCGGCGCCUGCUCUCGGGCUCGGAGCGCAUCACCGACAACCUGCUGCAGCUCAUGGCGCGAGACCCCAGCUUCCUCAUGGGGGCGGCGCGCUGCCUGCCCCUGGCGGCGGCCGUGCGCGACGCGGUGAGUGCCAGCCUGCAGCAGGCGCGAGCGCGCAGCCUCGUCUUCUCCAUCCUGCUGGCGCGCAACCAGCUCGUGGCGCUAGUGCGCCGCAAGGACCAAUUCCUGCACCCCAUCGACCUGCACCUGCUCUUCAACCUCAUAAGUUCCUCUUCGUCCUUCCGCGAGGGCGAGGCCUGGACGCCCGUGUGCCUGCCCAAGUUUAACGCGGCCGGCUUCUUCCACGCACACAUCUCUUACCUGGAGCCUGACACCGAUCUCUGCCUGCUGCUCGUCUCCACGGACCGCGAGGACUUCUUUGCAGUCUCGGACUGCCGCCGCCGCUUUCAGGAGCGCCUGCGGAAGCGCGGCGCCCACCUGGCGCUGCGGGAGGCCCUGCGCACGCCCUACUACAGUGUUGCUCAAGUGGGCAUCCCCGACCUGCGCCACUUCCUCUAUAAGUCAAAGAGCUCGGGACUCUUCACCAGCCCUGAGAUUGAGGCCCCGUACACCAGUGAAGAGGAGCAGGAGCGGCUGCUGGGCCUCUACCAGUACCUGCACAGCCGAGCCCACAAUGCCUCCCGCCCACUCAAGACCAUCUACUACACAGGCCCCAAUGAGAACCUCCUGGCCUGGGUGACAGGUGCCUUUGAGCUCUACAUGUGCUACAGCCCCCUGGGGACCAAGGCGUCGGCCGUCAGUGCCAUCCAUAAGCUGAUGCGCUGGAUCCGCAAAGAAGAAGACCGCCUCUUCAUCCUCACGCCCCUCACCUACUGAUGGGAGCGUGUGUGGGCUCAGCCCUCUUCGGCACACUGGGCCAUGGGGGCCAUGGGAGCCUCCACGCGGGGCUGGCCUCUCUUGCCCAGGCAGCAGGCAGGGACUGGGGGUUGGUGCGUGCAUUAAAGUGCUUUGGGGAAGACACUCA